AUGUUAAUUUUUGAUAUAUCAGAAUUUAUAAGUUUAUCCUUAAAGCCAAAACCUAUGGAUAUCAAAAGGUUUGAACUGAGUUGGUAAUAAUUGAAGUCAUCAAUUGCUAAAUUUCAUAAGUCAAAUUUGAGAUUUGGGACUCGUUAGAUUAAAAAUAAAUAGGCAUUUAAUAUUUUUGAAGGAAGAUGA